CCUCUGGAGGGCGCAGGGCGAGUGUGUGUGGUGGGGCAGCUUCUGUUGGAGUGAGGAUGCUAGUGAUGCAGCUGAACGGGAGCACGCCCCUCCCUGGCUCCCGAGAGGCUCCCAGGUGGUUCAGACGUGGCCAUUCUGUAUCCCAGACACCCCGAUGCUGUGUGUCCCAGUUUCUUUUCUUCCAUGGGCCUUAUUCCAGUUCAGAGGCUGGAGCAUGCAUAGCUUCAGAAUGUUUCUCAGGUUAUUUCACAGUGGAGAAAGUUCUGGCAGGGUUCUGGUCCUUCUCACCUUUAGUUGAGUGGUGUUCUGAGCAGCUUGGCCUCGCCUGUCUAUGAUGCCAUUUACUGGGCUAGCGCCAGGAGGUGUAUCAGGCCCGGCUGCCCUGUUAAACAGCGGAUCUCAUGUGACCUUUAAACCAUCAGUGUUUUAUCAUCAUCAAAAGGGAAGAUUGAUUCCAUCGGUUUUGGAAAAUAGUCAUAUUUCAAGAUAAAGGUUUUGUGCCCAUUGAUGUUUAGAGAGGCUUUGAUUUGCCAGCUCAUCACUCCUGUAUUGACUCCAUAGGAAACAAAGUUGGUAUCUGUAUUCACCAAACUGUGGCCCAGAAAAUUUGGCUGCCUCCACCUGCCAUUUUCCCCUAUUUUGUGACUUUUAUUAUGCUGCUUUUCGUAUUGAGUUGGUGGUAUAGGAAGUCAGUGUCUCGACAGGUGUGCGAACAGGGACGAGCUGGCUGAGCAGCAGUAAGAUUUGGUGUCAGCCCAGCACUUGACUGCCUUUAAUAUGUGGGGACCUCGUCAUCCUCCUCCUGGGGAGAACUAAGGACCGCCCUCAGUGUUUGUGAUAAAGCCUCCAUCCACCCGACAUGUGCCCAGAGCAGAGCGUGCACGCAGUACACUGUGUCAUUAUUACAUAUAAUUUCUCCAUUUUCACCUUUUUUGCCCAGGCAUGCUGCAGAGAGGCCUUCCUGUCCCUGACGAGCACAUGUGUGGGAGACAGAUGACUGUCCUUCACCUCGCACAACUCUAGGUGCCCGGGCCGCUGUCCAGCCGGGAGGGGAUGGAUUCCAAAGAUGAAAGCUCACACGUGUGGCCCCCGGCUGCAGAGCACGAGGAGAACGCCGCACAGGUGCAUUUUGUUCCAGACGCUGGAACCGUGGCCCAGAUCGUCUACACCGAUGACCAGGUCCGUCCGCCGCAGCAGGUGGUGUACACGGCAGAUGGUGCCUCCUACGCCUCCGUGGAUGGUCCUCAGCACACACUGGUCUACAUCCAUCCCGUGGAAGCUGCGCAGACGCUGUUUACAGACCCAGGCCAAGUAGCUUAUGUCCAGCAGGAUGCUGCAGCUCAGCAGGCCUCGCUGCCCGUGCACAACCAGGUGUUACCCUCAAUCGAGAGUGUGGAUGGCUCGGACCCUCUGGCGACUCUUCAGAACCCCAUGGCCAGACUGGAGGCCAAGGAGGAGGAGGACGAGGACGAGGAUGAGGAUUCUGAGGACGAGGAGGAGGAAGACGGUGAGGACACUGACCUGGACGACUGGGAACCUGACCCCCCUCGGCCCUUCGACCCGCACGACUUGUGGUGUGAGGAGUGUAACAACGCACACUCUUCCGUGUGCCCGAAGCACGGCCCCCUGCACCCGAUCCCCAACCGGCCGGUGCUGACACGGGCACGGGCCAGCCUCCCGCUGGUGCUCUACAUUGACAGGUUCCUGGGCGGCGUGUUCUCCAAGAGGCGCAUCCCCAAGCGCACCCAGUUUGGCCCCGUGGAGGGGCCACUGGUCAGGGAAUCAGAGCUGAAGGACUGUUACAUCCACCUCAAGGUUUCUCUCGAUAAAGGGGACAGAAAGGACAGGGAUUUGCAUGAAGAUCUUUGGUUUGAGUUGUCGGACGAGACCCUCUGUAACUGGAUGAUGUUCGUACGUCCGGCUCAGAACCACCUGGAGCAGAACCUGGUGGCAUAUCAGUAUGGCCACCACGUGUACUAUACAACAAUCAAGAACGUGGAGCCCAAGCAGGAGCUCAAGGUGUGGUAUGCUGCUUCCUACGCCGAGUUUGUGAACCGGAAAAUCCAUGACAUUUCUGAGGAAGAGCGGAAAGUUCUUCGAGAGCAAGAGAAGAAUUGGCCCUGCUAUGAAUGCAACCGCCGAUUUAUAAGCUCUGAACAGCUGCAGCAGCAUCUCAAUUCUCACGAUGAGAAACUGGAUGUGUUCAGCAGAGCAAGAGGCAGAGGAAGGGGCCGAGGCAAGAGGCGGUUUGGCCCUGGUCGAAGGCCAGGACGUCCUCCCAAAUUUAUCCGCUUGGAGAUAACCAGCGAAAAUGGGGAAAAGUGUGAUGAUGGGACACAGGACCUGUUGCAUUUUUCCACCAAGGAGCAGUUUGAUGAGGCUGAAGCCGCGACUCCUAACGGGCUGGACCAACCAGAGCAGCCCACCCUCCCGCUCCCUCAGCUGCCGCCCGAAGCCCCACCUUCUCUGGAGCAGGAGCCGGACACGCACGAGCUACACCUGCAGCCCCAGCAUGAGGAGAGCGUGCUGCCCGCUCAGAGCACCCUGACGGCCGACGACAUGCGCCGUGCCAAGCGCAUCCGGAAUGCAGCUCUGCAGCAUCUGUUUAUUCGGAAGUCUUUCCGGCCUUUUAAAUGCUUGCAGUGUGGGAAGGCCUUCCGUGAGAAGGACAAACUGGACCAACACUUGCGCUUCCAUGGGCGGGAGGGGAACUGCCCGUUGACCUGUGACCUCUGUAACAAGGGCUUCAUCAGCAGUGCGUCCUUGGAGAGCCACAUGAAGCUCCACUCGGACCAGAAGACAUACUCUUGCAUUUUUUGCCCAGAAUCCUUUGACCGCCUUGAUUUGUUGAAAGAUCACGUGGCCAUUCAUAUCAAUGAUGGCUACUUCAGCUGCCCAACUUGUAAGAAACGGUUCCCAGAUUUUAUCCAGGUGAAGAAGCACGUGCGCAGCUUCCACUCAGAGAAGAUCUACCAGUGUACGGAGUGCGACAAGGCCUUCUGCCGUCCCGACAAGCUGCGUCUGCACAUGCUCCGGCACUCGGACCGCAAGGACUUCCUGUGCUCCACGUGUGGGAAGCAGUUUAAGCGGAAAGACAAACUCCGGGAGCACAUGCAAAGGAUGCACAAUCCUGAGAGGGAGGCCAAGAAAGCCGACCGCAGCAGCCGCUCCAAGACAUUCAAGCCCCGCAUCACGUCCACCGACUACGACAGCUUCACGUUCAAGUGCCGCCUCUGCAUGAUGGGCUUCCGGAGGCGGGGCAUGCUGGUAAAUCACUUAUCAAAGAGGCACCCAGACAUGAAGAUAGAAGAGGUGCCAGAGUUAACUCUACCCAUCAUAAAGCCCAACCGUGACUACUUCUGUCAGUAUUGUGAUAAGGUUUACAAAAGUGCCAGCAAGCGAAAAGCCCAUAUUCUGAAGAACCAUCCCGGGGCCGAGCUUCCGCCAAGCAUUCGGAAACUUCGCCCCGCGGGCCCCGGAGAGCCAGACCCUAUGCUGAGCACCCACACCCAGCUCACGGGCACCAUAGCCACCCCGCCCGUCUGCUGCCCUCACUGCUCCAAACAGUACAGCAGCAAGACCAAGAUGGUACAACACAUUCGAAAGAAGCACCCAGAGUACGCCCAGCUCCCCAACACCAUUCACACACCUCUGACCACGGCUGUGAUCAGUGCCACGCCCGCUGUCCUGACGACCGACAGCGCCACUGGAGAGACUGUGGUGACGACAGACCUGCUAACCCAGGCAAUGACAGAGCUGUCCCAGACCUUAACGACGGAUUACCGAACACCACAAGGGGACUAUCAGAGAAUCCAGUACAUUCCUGUGUCACAGUCUACGUCCGGCCUGCAGCAGCCUCAGCACAUACAGCUUCAAGUGGUGCAGGUGGCUCCGGCCACUUCCCCACACCAGUCCCAGCAGUCCACGGUGGAUGUCGCCCAGCUCCACGACCCUCAGACCUACACACAGCACGCCAUCCAGGUGCAGCACAUCCAGGUCACCGAGCCCCCUGCGCCUGCUGUGUCCACAUCCCAGGUGACUGGGCAGCCACUGAGUCCCUCCCCACAGCAGUCUCAGCAGGGGCUCAGCCCCUCGCAUGUCGCAGGUAGCUCCUCACAGGGCCAGGCCCUCCAGCCGCCUCCCCAGGGCUCCACGGUCCAGCACACGUACCUCCCCAACACCUGGAAUUCCUUCCGUGGCUACCCAUCGGAGAUUCAAAUGAUGACACUUCCCCCAGGUCAGUUUGUGAUUACAGACAGUGGUGUGGCAACUCCAGUCACCACUGGCCAGGUGAAGGCGGUCACUCCGGGUCAUUAUGUGUUAUCAGAAAGUCAAUCAGAAUUGGAGGAAAAGCAAGCAUCUGCUCUCUCUGGAGGAGUCCAGGUUCAGCCAGCUGCACACAGUGACUUGGACCCCCAGACCACCAGCCAACAGCCCACCCAGUACAUCAUCACAACCACCACCAACGGGAAUGGGAACAGUGAAGUGCAUAUCACUAAACCCUAACUCCCACCCUCAAGCCAGAAUCAAGCAGUCACAUCAUGUCUUUUCUUAUUCAUAUGUCUGGAAGCUUCUGACACAACUCCUUUUUAAGAUUUAUCAUUCACUCAAGAGUUUGGAAAUCACAGUUUUGAUCCUCACCAGGGCUUAUUUUAUCCAGAUCAUCUUUACCAAGUGGACUCUUCAAACCCUAGGAGUUCCUGCCAUGGAAUGGAGGUCAUUCAGAUUUCAAGAUGGAAAAACUUUGCCUUGCUCUUGAACUGGUUUUUUAACACAUGGAUAAGCCUUACUUUUCCUUUGUGGAAAUAUUAAGAUGUAUUGUGUUGUACCAAAGGUGGAGAAAGGAUGUGCCAAGUCCACGGCCAUUGGACUUCUUAAUCCCAAGCCACGGCACCAAAGGCAAAGGGGCAUUUUGUAGGCGCAUAUUAGGUAGAACUGCUUCCUCUUGUGAGUUUGCAUUUUCAGUAAUAUAACAAAGGGAGCCCACUGAAUAUGAAAAUUACAAUGAUGAAACCUUAUGAUGGUCUGAAGGAAAAACUGUCAUCUAAAUUUUUCUUAUUGCUGAUUUUUAAAAAACUUGCCAUUUUGGGGAAAAGCACUGUUGGGCUGUUGGUAGUGCUUUGCACAGACCCUGGUCCUUAGCAGAUUAGGUCAGAACCUUGUGUUCUGAUAGAUCUUACUUUAUUACUCCACAACUAUGGACUCCCUGUACAAGGAAAGGUUGCCUGAUGUCAGCGGAAUUUAAACUCCCACCUUAAAGCUUGCUCUCCCAUUCUCUGGUUGAACUUGUAUGAAGGAGAUACUGGAGAUGACAGUAUCAAGAAAAAUGGCUAAAGCAACUAUACAGAGAGUGAGAAGCACUGAGACCUUGUCCUGCCUUUCAGGAUCCGUUUACCACUCGUUGAUAAAGGGCGAACCCUUGCCCUUCCCAGGUGUACCUGCAACCCUCGCUCACAGCGUGCGUGCAGUGUAUUUUAGUCCUUCCAAUACUGUCUUAAAAUGAACAUUCUUUCAGGUUGGAUGGAAAGGUGGUCAUCCUUAUUUCUUAACACUUUAAAUAUAUUGCAAUUCAUCUGGGCCUUUUGGUAAGAUAACUAACUUCACACCUUGGGGGAAAAUUUUAAAAGGUGGGACCAUUUAUAAUGUCUGUUAGGGCAAUUAUAAGGGAUCUGGAAGAAACCCAGUCUUCAUAUUACAUUGUUAGUUGGGAGAGGGAGAAAAUUCUGCCUCAAUGAUAGUUUUUCUUAUCAUUGUUCCUGGAGUUUGGGAGUCUUAGUAGCUAUGAAUUCAGUGGGGGAAGGUAUUUCCCUUCCUUUUACUGUACAUUCCAGUUGUGCACAUAAAACAUUACAGAAACCAGUAGGUAUUUUAGCAACUUUUUGUGACAUACAUUUUUUAGAAUAAUUAUGGAAAUGGUAGAAUUUAUCAUUCCAGAACAGGAAGACCGACCUUCAGUUUCAAAUGAAGUUAACUAAUUUAUUUUAUUUACAUUUCUGGGUAAAAACUGGCUCUACAAAUUAAGAAGUAUAGUAGCUUCUUUAUGGUAAAGAUACCUUUCUGAAAAGUAAGCAAUUCUAUUGAAGUAACUUUACUAAUAUGUAGAUUUUGCACUUUAUUACUGAGACCUCAUUCAUGUAGUUAGCCCUGAAAAUUUAGGCACUAAGAGAACCUGAGAGUUCUUAGGUAGUUGUGUGGAAAAUGAAAAUGGACUCUGUAUCUUUGGUAACAAAGAGGUAAUGCUGAUGUUUUCAACAGAAAAUACAGACUGUGUGUCACAAUGUAGAGAUUCUGAGUCCCACAGUCCUCCACUGUGAUGAUUACAAAUCUCCUAGUGUUCAGCCUCAAAAGAUUUGCUAGGUAAAGAAAAUCAAGCUUUCCCAAAGGUCCAGUUAAUUUUUUGGCCCUGUUGGGUUCCUUUUUUUAUUUGAACCAGCAAUGUACCUCCCUCCCCUCAGGAAUAACUUAUUGACUAAGAUGGAAAACUAUCAUUGAAUGGAAUGUUCAUUUUAUGCCAGCUAUUUCAAGUUUUAAGAUACACAGAAGAGAAAAAAUAUUGUGGAAGGACUUCUGUUUCUUUCCCAUUUAAGUUCUUUCUUUUCCUUUUUUUUUUUUUUUUCGUCCUUAUGUGGAAUAAGUAAGGACUCUAGAACUAUUGAUAAUUUGUAUAUUAUCAACCAGAGAUGCAGGUGUGGCAGUUGAGCCAAACAAUUUUGCUUUAAGAUCAGGUAUUCAGCACAUUUAUUUUAAGGUAAUGGAUUUUGAAAAGGACUUGGAUUUGAAGAGGUGGCAGAUGAUAAGCCAUCUAAGACCCAAUUUGAAAAAAAAUUUUGUAGCCACUGUUUAUACUGUGGUCUCUCCUAGGACACGCUGGCACUGUAGACUUCAGUGCAGUGUGGAAAUUUUGGAGUAGGUUACAUACAGAUUUUACAUUUUUACUGUUUGAUUUGUGCCCACAUAAACAGAUAUUUCAUCAUGUAAACUUACUGUUAUUCUGGGAAAAUCUAUUCUUUUGGUCUUCUUGAAUUGUUUUCUGAUUUGGAAUUAUCCUUUCAAAAAACUCUUAGGACGUAUAGGGCUAAAAAGCACUUCGUGAGAUGCUGAAGCUGACCCACAGGUUGGAAAUAUUGACCCUACCCUGUUAUUUAAAUGUGAACAUUUAUGUACAUUCAGUGAGUUAUAGUGUUAAUAGUCUUGUGCUACUCAGCAGGUGUAAAAAUUAAUAAAUAUUUUUUUUAAUAAA